UAUCUUAGCAGAGGUUUAUGAUUAACGGAAAUGUUAUUUGUACAUUCUCCCAAUGCCUGAUAAUGCCCACAUUUGGAUCUUCAAAUUUUCAGCUGUGUACUUUUCUCUGGAGAAAACCUUGGACUAGAGAUAAGACCAUAACCAGAUUGCCAAAAACGUAUUUCUAGCAGCUCCCACAUCCAGUCAGCCAGUCUGGGCUUGAGGCUGAACCAAGACCAUGAAGUGCCUGCUGCUUCUCGCCUUUAUUGGGGUGGCUGUUGCCUUCCCCACCUUUGCUGAAGAUGAUGAUGACAAGAUUGUGGGAGGCUACACCUGUGCAGAACACUCUGUGCCCUAUCAAGUGUCCCUGAAUGUUGCUGGAUCUCACGUCUGUGGAGGUUCCCUCAUCAGCAGCCAGUGGGUCCUGUCGGCUGCUCACUGCUACAGACCUCGCAUCCAAGUGCAGCUGGGGAAACACAACUUGAAACUCAAUGAAUCCACUCAGCAGUUCAUCAACUCUGCUAAA